AUGGCGAUUGACAACAAGAGUGCGACAACACCUGCAUACACCGCCACCGUCAUACAAAUCGUGAACAGAAGUGCGACUUCCCUUGCAUGCACCACCACCGCCUUCAAAUCGGGGGCGGUUUCAACUCUGAAAUCGUCGUCUCCAUUGUCGUCCCUAUCACCGUCGUCGUUGCCCAAAGCAGUGAGGAGACCUCGACCACGACCAGAAGGGGCAACUCGGUGCCGUCGGGGAGGAGAGAAAAGUCAGCGGCUGCUUCGAUGGUUGAGCGGAGAUUUCGACCGCUCGUCUUCUUCUUCAAGACCAGUCUAUGGGAGGCGGCAAGAUAGGUGA